CUUUAACCCACUUCAUCUCUAUAAUUAUUUAUUUGCCAUAACUAGCAUUGCUCUAUAAUUCGACCUCUAAAUGGUAAUCGCACAUACGUACUGAGAUCAGCAGGACUUCUAAUUUCAUGGCCUUUCAAUCAGGAGCUUCUUCCUCUUCUUCACCCUCAUCAUCUCCUCCCAUCCGUUCAUGUAAUCACGAUGUAUUCUUGAGCUUCAGAGGUGAAGAUGUUCGCAAUAACUUUAUUUCCCAUCUAUACAAAGCUUUGGAUGAAAGGGGAAUCAAUACUUACAUUGACAAUAAUCUUGAAAGAGGAGAGGAGAUUUCACCCGCACUUUUCAAAGCUAUUGAAGAGUCAAUGAUUUCUAUUAUUGUACUCUCUAAAAACUAUGCAGAAUCUAGAUGGUGCUUAGACGAGCUAUUGAAGAUUCUUGAUUGCAAGGAAACAAAAAAACAAAUUGUUCUACCAAUUUUUUUUCAAGUAGAUCCAUCAGAAGUACGGCAUCAAAAUGGGAUUUGUGGAAAAUCCUUUGAUAAACUUGGAGAUAAGCUCAAGGAUAACGCAAAGAUGUUGAAAUGGAAGGAAGCUUUGGAAAAAGUAGCCCAUAUCUCUGGUUUCUCAUCAGCGAAAUUCGGGAACGAAUCUGAAUGUAUCGAGAAGAUUGUUCAAGAAGUGUCAAGCAAACUACCAAAUCGUACAUGCUUGCAUGUUGUGAAUUAUCCGAUUGGGUUGGAGUCUCAUGUAGAAGAUAUUAAUAUGCUUUUAUGUAUUGAGUUUAUUAAUGAGACACGCAUGAUUGGGAUUUUUGGUACUGGAGGAAUUGGUAAGACAACUAUUGCAAAAGAGGUGUAUAACUGUAUUGCUGAUAAGUUUGAAGGGAGUUGUUUUCUUGCCAAUGUUAGAGAAAAUUCAAAACCAGAUAAGGGCGGUCUCGUGAAGUUGCAAAAGAAAAUUCUUUCUAAUAUCCUAAGAGAUCCAAAGGUUGAGGUCGAUGAUGUUGAUCGAGGAAUCAAUAUGAUACAGGAGAAACUUUGCUGUAAAAAGGUUCUUUUGGUUCUUGACGAUAUUGAUUGUUUGGACCAGUUAGAAAAACUAAGUGGAAGAUCUGAUUGGUUUGGAUUGGGAAGUCGAAUCAUCAUAACAACAAGAGAUAAGCAUAUACUAGUGCAGCAUGAUGUUGGUAAUUGGAUAUAUCCUAUGAAUGAAAUGGAUGCUAAAGACGCUCUUAAGCUCUUUUCCUGGCAUGCCUUCAAGCGUGACCAACCGGAUAAUGAUUUCGUGGAACUCACAGAACUUGCACUGCAAUAUGCUGGUGGCCUUCCGCUCGCUUUGACUGUGGUAGGCUCAAAUCUGCGAGGAAGAGAUAUACCAUUUUGGAGAAGCGAAUUGGAAAAGUACCAAAGAAUUCCGCAUAAAAAGAUCUAUGAAAUACUCAAAAUAAGUUUCGAUGGAUUAGAUGAUUUUGAGAAAAAUAUUUUCCUUGACAUUGCAUGUUUCUUCAAAGGAGACGAGAGAGAAUAUGUCACUAAAAUACUGGACAGUUGUGGUUUCUUUGCCUAUGCCGGUAUAAAAAAUCUCAAUGAUAAAUGUCUCAUAACUAUUGAUGAACAUGACCGGCUGUGGAUGCAUGACUUACUAGAAGAUAUGGGUAAAGAAAUUGUUCGACAAGAAUCACCCAAAGAACCUGGCAAGCGGAGUAGAUUAUGGUUUUAUAAAGAUGUUUUUGAAGUACUUGAAAAAAAUAAGGGAACAGAGCAAAUUGAAGGCAUAUUGAUAAAUCUAAAUCAGCUUUGGGAGGACAAAGACAUUUUGGAGGACGACUAUAUGAUAAAUCUGCCUUGGGAUGACAACAACAUGAUAUGUUUGGGUUCUGAGGUGUUCGCAAAAAUGGAAAGACUCAGAAUAUUAAUAGUUAAAAUGGACGGUGAAAUUUAUCUCUCUAUUAAGUCAGGAUUGAAUUAUCUCUCUAAUGAGUUAAGAGUUCUUGAUUGGCCUGAGUGCUCUUUGGAGCUUUUGCCAUCUUCUUUUCAUGGAGAGAAACUCAUCGUUUUCAAUAUCGGAGGAGGCAAUAUUAGAGAUUUAGGCACAAGAUUGCAAUCUAGGAACUUAACAAGUAUAGAUCUCAGUGACAGUGAAUACUUGACAAAUAUAUUGGAUCUUUCACGUUGCUCAAAUCUAGAAAAGUUGAUUCUUCGUAGAUGUGAAAGUUUAGUUGAGAUUCACGAUUCUGUUGGAUUUUUGAAUAAGCUUGUUGAAUUGGAUUUUACUUAUUGUUCCAGCCUAAAGAAGUUGCCAAGAAGCUUCAAGUUGAGAUCUCUAAAAUUACUUGACUUUAAAGGUUGUACAAGCCUUGAAUACUUCCCUGAAAUUAAAUGUGAAAUGGAACAUUUGAAAUGUGUCUGGUUAGAAAGCACUGUAAUACAAGAGCUACCUUCAUCCAUUACAUACCUCAUUGGGCUCGAGGAGUUAUAUUUGGAAGGGUGCAAAAGUCUUGUGCGUCUUCCAAUAAACAUUUUUCAGUUGAAACGUCUAAAGAAUGUUUCCGUCCAAAAUUGUCCAAAUUUUGAAUAUUUUGGUAAGGAAGUGGGGCAUAAUGGACAAUCCAUGCCAUGUACACAACCUCCAAAAUCAAAUAAUCCAGUUUGAGGACUUUAAAUCUAUGGGGUAGUGGUAUUGUUAGCCUUUCUCCAUGCAUCGAAGGAUUUGUUGGAUUGUCUAAACUUGAUUUGAGAUUCUGCAGGCAACUUGAAGAAAUUUUACACCUUCCACCAAAUAUAGAAGAGGUAAAUGCCAGAGGAUGUUUCAGCCUAAAGAAUUUCUUACCAGAAUCAAAUAAUUUAUCUCGGACAUAUAAUUUCUCAUCUAGUUUGAGGACUUUAAAUCUACGUGGUAGUGAUAUUGUUAGUCUUCCUCCAUGCAUCGAAGGAUUUGUUGGAUUGUCUAAACUUAAUUUGACAGACUGCAAGCAACUUGAAGAAAUUAUACACCUUCCACCGAAUAUAGAAGAGGUAGAUGCCGGAGGAUGUUCCAGCCUAAAGAAUUUCUUACCAGAAUCAAAUAAUUUAUCUUGGACAGAUAAUCUCUCAUCCAGUUUGAGGACUUUAACUCUAUGGGGUAGUGGUAUUGUUAGCCUUCCUCCAUGCAUCGAAGGAUUUGUUGGAUUGUCUAAACUUGAUUUGACAGAUUGCAAGCAACUUGAAGAAAUUCUAUGCCUUCCACCAAAUAUAGAAGAGGUAGAUGCCGGAGGAUGUUCCAGCCUAAAGAAUUUCUUACCAGAAUCAAAUAAUUUAUCUCGGACAGAUAAUUUCUUAUCCAGUUUGAGGAUUUUAAAUCUAUCGGGUAGUGGUAUUGUUAGCCUUUCUCCAUGCAUCGAAGGAUUUGUUGGAUUGUCUAAACUUGAUUUGACAGAUUGCAAGCAACUUGAAGAAAUUCUAUGCCUUCCACCAAAUAUAGAAAAGGUAGAUGUUAGAGGAUGCGUGUUAUUGGAACGCUUUCCUCAUGUAUCAACAAAAUCUUCAUUUGGUACACCCGACUUAAAAUGGUUAAGAUGGAUUGACUUAUCGGAAUGCAAUAAAGUGGAAGUGGAUGUAGGGAAUCAUGCACCAGAUCGAUCAUUGGUUCAGGAACGUUUUCGGUGGAAAGAUUCAAGUAGGAUUAUAUAUCCAGAAAGUAGGAUUCCAGAGUGGUUCAAGUAUUGCAAGGAGACCACUUCAUAUAGUAAUUCUAUUGAAAUAGAAAUUGAUCAUAAUGCGUUCGAGCAUCAGAUCGUGGCAUUAGGUUUGUGUUUUGUUGUGGGACCUCUUCCGCUGGGAUUUGAAACUUUUACUACCUCAAUAGACGGCCAGUUGUGGGACCCAUAUCGUGAUUGUUUGUGGCCUUCAAUGGACCCACAUCGUGUAUGUCUAAAAUACAUAGCUGGAAAUUCUAUUGAUGAGAUGGUGUUGAGAAGUUACAGGAAGGGGAACAAUAUGAAGUUUACAUUUGGA